AUGUUGGCCUCCUAUGAAUUGAAGUACUUGUUGUUGAAAAUGCGACCGUCACCGACAAUGAUGGCAAUUCAACCUCUAGGUAUUCAGCACCAUCUAGAAAUGAUUCGUGAUAACCUUUGGGCUGUCAAUUCCAUGACUGCAAGGACCAGGUUCAAGCUUUUAUAUGAAGUUGGAUGGUUGAAGAAUGAGGAGAUGGAAUGGUUGAGGGAUGUGGAUGUAGCAACUGCAGAUAUGAAAAACUUGCUCAACCAAAUUUUGGAUUCGAAGAAGACAAUUGUAGAGUCGUCUGGUCGCCACUUGCAUUGUUCUUGCUUGAGUGACAUUCGACCGACACACCAUCGCCACCUCAUUUUGGUGGAGCUCAAGGAGAUGCUGCUCAACUUGAACUAUCUCAUGCAUAGAGGAUCUAGAUUGGGCCUUCAAAGGGAAUCCAUGGAUUCCAUGGAUCCACUUGAAGAAGAGUACAUGACCAUCCUAAAAAGUGAGGUGGUUGGGAGGGAUGAAGAUGUAGACAAAAUCAUAGCAAUUCUUCAACAACCGUCAUUCAACAAUCACAAUGAUGAUGAUGAUGACAACGAUGAUGAUGAUAACAACAUCAACCAUGAUGACAAUGACGGUGGUGGUGGUGGUGCUGCUGUUAUUGAUGACGAGAAUGAUGAUCCAUUAGUCAUUGUGAUAAAUGGCUCAAAAAUGGUUGGGAAGACUACCUUCGCCCGAAUGAUCAACCAUCACACUUGGGUGUGUCAAUACUUCCAUCAUCGCAUCUGGGUGGAUGUGGAUUUAAAUUCAUCUCUCAAUCUCACCAAUAUGAUCGUCAGAGAAUUUCAAAGAUCCAUAAUCAAGAUGGGGGAGACCUCUGAGAGUGUCUGCAAACUAAAACUUGGCCUACCACUACAAGUCAUGUGGGAAUUUGUCAAUGAACAACUUGGCGGAAGCAGAUAUUUUCUUGUUCUAGAUUGCAAAGACUUUCCAAAUCGACUGCAAGAGGAGUGGGAUGGUUUGAAGCGUACCCUCUUGCGCGUGGGAGGGCAAGGGAGUGCGAUCUUGAUCACCCACAGAACAAGAACAGAAUUUGACACUGAUAUGCUACAUGGGGUGAGGUUCGUUGAAACAUACAACUUGGAUGGAUUAUCAGAGGAUGCAUGGUUGAAAUUGUUCCUGAGACAUCAUGAUGCAUCAGCCAACCCAUCAGAGCAACCCAAACUGUCCCUGGGGCAUGCUAAGCAGCUUUUCAAAGACUGCAAUGGGUUGCCAAUUUGGGCAAAGUAUACAGCAUCAUUCAGGUAUGAUGUUGAUUGGAUCAAUUUUGAGUUUGAAAAUGAUAAUGAUCCCACUGAAACUUUUUCACUUAUCCGCAUACGAACAUUUCAAUAUCUAUCAUUGUUUCUUAGUAAGCCUAAUCCUGAAGUCAUCCUACACAUAUUGAUAGCUGAUGGUACUAUAUUAGAUUUCAUUGGGGUCAUUGAUGAAAUUUCUUAUGACUUUUGGCAAAGAAAAUGGCUAUUUAAGGGAGAUGAAUUUGAUUUGAUUGAAAUCAUUGACGAGAUUUCUGAAGAAUUUUGGGUAAGGAAAUUGAAAUUAGAGGAAGGUAAAUUUGAUCCAAAUGAAAUGGAAGCAAUUGUGGGGAUACAAUAUUUGCAAAUAAGGGUCGGUAAAGAUUCAAGAGUAAAAAUCCCAAGGCAGUGCCGUCAUUUGUGUUUAGUAUUUGACUCUAAAGCCGGUGCAUUUCGGCUGCCAACCUUGCCAGUCGAGGUGAGCAGCAAGCUUAGAACACUGAUUGUGCAAGAUGAUGAAACAGCAACUCCAAUUUCAAAAGUCCAAACAAGACGACGAGCUGAAGAAGCAGCAGCAGCAAUGAGAACGAUAAAGAUGUUGGCCAAACUUGUAGAUUUGCACACGUUCUAUCUGGAGACUACUCUCAUCAGGCAGUUACCUAGAGAAGUAAGCAAGUGGGUAAACUUGAGAUACCUCCACAUUUCCAAGAAUGACAUGGAGUUCCUCCCGGAGUCACUUUGCAGCCUCAGUAACUUGUUGAUUUUAAGUUUACUUCGUUGCCAUAAGCUUCAAAUGCUACCUGAACGAAUUCAUGAGCUUCAGAAGUUGCAGAUUUUGGAACUAGUUCAUUGCACAAAGCUUGGCAAAUUACCGAAACUUGUGACCAGACUCAAGAACUUGGAAGAGCUAAAUGUGGAAGGUUGCUGCUGGCUCAUGGAGUUACCGGAGGAUUUGAGCAGCAUGCAAACGUUGAGAGUCCUCAACAUCGUGGGAUGCGCAUCCAUGUCAUUGUUACCCCAUGGGAUUCAAAAGAUGAUAAACCUCCGUAAGUUGUCAGGAAUAUUUAUCACAGCUGGUCUUAGUGAUGGAAGCUUCGGACUCAGAGAGUUGCAGGCUUUGACAAAUCUUGAAGAACUACGACUGCGGAACCUAGAACGAGUGUCGAAGACAGAGGAUGAGACUCACAUUGAGCCGUUGUGGAUGAUACAGAAGCUCCAAUAUGCGUCACUGCAUUGGGAUAACGAUAUGUCAGCGUGCGAACCAGCAACUUUGCUGCAGCUACUUGAAGCCUUCAAAUUCAACACACAUUUGAAAAGUAUAGAGGUCAUUUCUUAUAUGGGAAUGGAAUUUCCUAGUUGGAUGGGCAAAGAAAUUUCCAAUGCCAAUUCCCUAGUUGAGGUCAAGCUCAUCAAUCUGAAGAAAUGCAGCACGCUACGACCACUUGGAGAACUUGAAAAUCUAAGGAAACUUGAAAUAAGCGGCAUGGAUUCGAUAAAAGAGGUGGAUGAUGCCUGCAUUGGUGUCAGCUUGAAAGAACUCACUUUCUCUGAGAUGCCUGCAUUGCAGCAAUUGUCUAUUGUUAGUUAUUAUCGCUUUCGUGCACUCCAUGAACUGAAGCUAAUUCAAUGCACAAAAUUGAAUUCAAUUAAUAUGGAGAGUUGGGUUUUGUAUGAUAACAAAGUUAAUUUAUGGUUGAACAUGGAACCAUGGUGGAGUCGCGAAUUUUCGGGAUGGAAAAAUAUGAAAUUUGUUCGAUCCAUAGAGAUAGUCGGGUGCCAGGAGCUGAGGUAUCUGCCAGGAGGUAUGCAGAACUUGAGAAAUCUUCAAGAAUUGAAAAUUAUGAGUUGCAAUAAUUUGGUGGCUCUGCCAAAUUGGUUGAACAAAUUGAAAUCUCUCUGUUCCUUGCACAUCUAUGCUUGUCCCAAGCUGUCAUACAUCCCAGAGAUAAUCAAAACACAUUUGCGAGUGCUGAAAAUUGAAGAAUGCCCCAAGCUUCAGAUGUAA